AUUAAAAACAUUUAUUUCAAUUAAGUUUGAUAUCUAAGAAAUAAAAAAUGUAUUCAACAUUCAAUAAAAUUCCAAGUGUAAUUGAAAUUCAACAUGAACCAGCUAAACAAUUGACCGUCUCCAAGGAAUUAGAGGCCGCCAAAGGUUUGCUGAAUCAACGGAAAACGCAAUGCACAUCACUAGAGCUGCAAUAUAAAAGGUCAAAGCGCACAUCACUUUUAUACGGAUACAAAUUUUUUAGUAUUUGCCCGCAGUAUAAUCCACAAUAUAUAUGUAGACAUACAGGUAACGUAAUAAUUGAUCGCGAUGUGCUUACUAAGGAAGAACACAUUUGCUACUUAUCCACUCCGCGUGUAAACCUUGCCGCUCUACGCAAAAGGCCUAGAUAUUUUCAGAAAAGAGUUGUUGUGCCAAACUGCACGACGCGCGUAGAGCAAUUAGCGUUGCCGGACUUGAAACGAGUUCGUUGGACUUUAGAAAUAUAUAAAAGUACACUUACAAAACGUCAGAUAAAAUCAUUAAAACAUCAUUUGCAUCAAGGAUCAAAGGUGAUGUCUUAUAAUAUAAAUACCGCACUUUCUUACAUUGAAGAAGAAAGGCGUUUAAAUAGAGUCGCCAAGUUAUUGCGAAGGCGACAAUGUCAAGUUGAAAAGACACGUUCUUCGAAAGCAGCAACGGCAAAUAAGAAAAAUUAUUUGUGUACUUUUCGAGGAAAUGAGAAAUUUUUUACUUAACGAUCAGUUUUUAAAAGAUGAACGCUCCACACUUCGCGGAGUAAUCAUGGAACAAAUUCGAAAUUUUACUAGUAAG